CUUAGCCAUAGAGUGAACAUCCAUUCAAACAACACACAGCCUACUCUUCCCCUCGUAUAAAGUUAUCAUACAUAUUGUGUGUGCGAUAAAUAAAGUAGAAAAAAGUUUUUUAUUAUAACUUUUUUUUGCAUUCGUGACAAUUGUAUUAAUUUAUUGUCUGUUUGUUUGUCUCGAGUUUUUUUGUGCGAAAAGUGCGGUUUUCUAUCACUUUUUUGGCAGAAAAAUAAGUUUCGCUUAGUUUUGGUAUUCGUGUGCGAAGUAUAACUGAUUUGAAAGAAGUUUUUUUCGUUUUGCAAAAUGUGGUCAAAAGUUGUCGUAUCGAUAGUUAUUGUGCUGCCAAUGGUAUGCCAGUUGUCGGCACCGUUACAGUUGAGGGCCGGACAGUGUCCACGAAUUAAGCCUAAAGCUAACUUCGACUUGAACAAGUUUAUGGGCGAGUGGUAUGUCAUAUACCGGGACGGGUCGGAGGGGGCCGACUGUAUCCGCCAGAACGUCACCAGCAAUGGCCGGAACCGGUACUUCAUCACUGAGAUCAGGGAACCGUUAGCUAAGGGUGUCUUCACGUAA